GACAUUGAGAAUUUUGUCCGUAAUCAAGAGAAGGAGGGGAAGCCUUUCUUCAGUGAAGACCCUGAACUUGACAACUUGAUGGUGAAAGCCAUCCAGGUGCUGCGGAUCCAUCUGCUGGAGCUGGAGAAGGUGAGCGACCUGUGCAAGGACUUUUGCAGUCGCUACAUCGCCUGCCUCAAGACUAAGAUGAACAGUGAGACUCUGCUGAGUGGUGACCCGGGGAGCCCAUACUCGCCUGUACAAGGCCAGGCCCAGAGCUUCUCACCCACCAAGUCUCAGACCCCCAGCUCCAUAUCAGGGACCCUUAGUCCCCAGGGUCAAAUUGUAGUUCCAGCAUCGGCCCUGCAGCAAGGAAACGUUACCGUGACAACUGUCAACCCCACCCAGAUCGGUGCCCUGUCAUUAAGGGCAAAUAAUUCAAAAUUAGAGCUGAGGUCCUUGGUUAAAUGAUGUGGAACAGUAUUGUAAUUUAACAUAACCUUUCAUUCUGUUGAGAUAAUUAAAAGAUGGCUAAACAAACAUCUGUGUACUCAGCUUCAGCUGCAGUUUCACCAGGACUUGAACCUCUUUAGUCAUGAGGACAACUCAACCAAGAACAAGCGCGGCGUUCUUCCAAAGCAUGCCACAAAUGUCAUGCGCUCAUGGCUCUUCCAGCACAUCGGGCAUCCGUAUCCCACAGAGGAUGAAAAGAAGCAGAUUGCUACUCAAACAAACCUGACACUUCUGCAGGUCAACAACUGGUUUAUAAAUGCACGGAGACGGAUCCUGCAGCCCAUGUUGGAUGCCAGCUCUUCAGAGACACCCAAAGCCAAGAAGAAGACACCUCAAAACCGGCCACUGCAGCGCUUCUGGCCUGAUUCCAUCGCAGCAGGAGGAGGGGCCAUGCCUGAUGGUACAAUGGUGACGAUGAACGUGGAGGGUCUGCAGAGCCUGACAUCAGACGGUGCCACGCUGGCAGUACAGCAGGUGAUGCUGGGAGGCCACAGUGAAGACGAGUCGGGGGACAGCGGAGAUGAGGACACUGACGCGGACAUGGCGGGGCUGGGCCUGGACAAUAGCAACUCAUUGCAGUAGAGGACAAGCACCGCCCACACGCAGAGGACACACAAAAUGAGUUCGACAGAACAGAGGUGCGUCCGUUUGAUUUCCACAGAGCACAGGACACACUGGGAUGAACCCUGCACUCUUCCAAGCCUCCACCCUGCUGAACGGCGGUUGUUGCUGCACGUGUAUGUCAGGAGUGUCAUUUCACAAACAGUUUUUUAUUGUAUAAAUGAUGUAGGUGAGUGCACUUUUUGUAUAUUUAAGCUCAAAAAGAUGAAAUCAAACUGAAAAAAACAAGUGUUAAAAACACCUGAGACAAGUUUGUAUACUCCGUUAAUAAAUGUUGACUUUUUUUGUCCCCGCCCCCGUCCCCCCCCCUGCUCCCAGCUAGAUUGUCAUUUUGGAUGAGACCACUUCUGUCUUGUUCUUGUGUCUCUGGUUUGUCUUGACUUUUGCAUGCUUGUGUUUUAAGUAGACGUGUGUGCUCUUAUGACUGACUCCAUGGCUCACACUGCCCCCUGCAGGCAGAGUAGAGCACAGGUGGAGAGAUUAAAAGUAAAUUAGAGGAGAGAUGCUUAUUUUUCUAUACAAACAUAUGAAACGAGUGUUUUUUUUGUUUGUUUUUUGGUUUCAUUUUUGUGUUCUCCUGUUUUGUAAGAAAUAUUUAUGUACAGAUUCAUAAUAAAUGCUGUGACCCUGUUUUCCAGGGUUCUUUUGAAGUUUUCUAAAAAACAGAAAAAGGAAUUGAAUGCUGAUGAAAAUUACUAUUUAAAUUGGUUUUAAGCUUAAAAUAUUAACAAGGCCUUAUCUGUGUUCUUUUCUAAAAUAAAUCUUACCAAGAAGCACAAAAAGGAAGUAUGACCCUUGGAGAAAUUGGCCAAAAAGACACUAAACAGUGGAACACUUGUGGCUCCUUAAAGCAUAUUUUUACUUUGUGUACUGCAGUAUCACAGGAACCCUCUCCAGCAGCAAAGCGACUGCAGCGUUCCCGUCUUUGUUUGGCCCACAAUGUGUAUACCAUACAUUAUGUCUUUUAACCAUUUUACAGUAGUAGCAUAGGUGUCACUUUCUAAAAUGCACAAUCCAGAACACUAUGCUAACCACACAAUCAGGAGGGGUUACGAACUCCAUCAAUAAGAAGCAGUGGACUUUUUGCACGCAUUUAGCUUUUAUUUUAUGUACACGCUACAUACAUGCUGUUGCAUUGAAAACAGAGCAGCUGGAAACUUGGAGUCAUUGCCCUCCUGAAGGAAUGAUCCCAAGGGCUGCAGCUGCAACCAUGACCCCCCGCCCCACUACACACACACACACACACACACACACACACAGUGAAGGAUCUGAAAGCUCCAUCAGUUUGACAUUACUGCACAUAUUGGGGUGCCUCUUGUUUAAAUAACUGUAAUGCUGUACUGUAAAACAGUUGUUUGUAAGUAGUUGCAGUAACUUGGUUUUUAUCCUUCUUGUAAAGUUAACUUUGUUCAUUUGAUUCAGCCUGAGGGUUUAAUGGCUACGCGUUGCCCUCGCUGAACUCUGUCACCUCUGUCUAGCUUUUUAUGAAGCAUUCACUUUUCUCUUGUACUUCUCGCUCGUCUGUUUUGCCUUAGAGCUUUCUAUUUUGGAAUAAAUGAUGCCUAACUCUG